GUCACUUUCAAAAUUUUCAAGGAAUUGAACUGGUGAUUUAAAGUAGGAUUAUUUCCAUAGAAGUUGAUAGAUUUAUUUAAGUCAAUAACGACAAUAAAUUUGGCGCAUAUGCAUAUUGGUUAGUAAGAUUUAAAAUUUUUUGGAAAUGGAUAAAUUUGUUACUCGAAUGCCAUCUUGGCAAACGGUAACCUACACAAGUACGCUAAAUCGAUCCAGAAAUAAAGAGCCCCAGGAUAUAAAUAAAGUUGUGAAAAAGAAGCCAUUGCGUGAAAGCCAACUACAAAAAAUCGGAAUCGAUUUAAGUCCAUCCUUGCAGAAUAAUCGGCGAUUAAGCAUACGAGACGAACAUUUAUUGAAAAUAUUUGCCAGCAAACCUGAUCAGCCAUUAAUGCCGUCAAAAGAAAAUAGUGCAUUGAGCAGUAGUUCGGAUUGUUCUUUUGUGCGUUUUAAUGACAUAGCACACCCUCCUAUUGACAAUAAUCAAUUAUUGUUUGUGGAAAAACACAACUUGCGCGAAUUGAGCGACUAUGUGAGCAGUCCUGAUGCUAUGCCUCAACGAGAAAAGCUCCUUAUUUCCCAAUCGCCACCAGAAACUUUUAAUGAAGUAAUUUAUGGAGAUAUCGAAAACAAUCCCGUAGAAAUUGCAGUUGGUUCUCCUAUCUCAAAUAUUGAACACAUAACUAAAACGCAAAUAACCAGAAAUAACACAAAAGAAACCUCUAAACAAAUAACAUUUAGUAAAAAUCCUCAAAUGGCACGCAUACAUCGUGAUCUCAACAGUCCUUCAGCAUCAUUGCGUGUCCGCGCGAUCAGAGCUUUAAAAAAUCCUGUAAAUCAUGGUUACACAAACUUUGAUAUCCCACAUGAAGAACAAAACAUUAUAAGCUUAGAAGAAUACCAUCCUUCUCCACCACCAUCAAUAGAGGAACUCAUGCGCGACAUUAUAGUGUAUGUUGAAGUGCGUACUGGCGAAGAUAAUCGAUCAGAAGGAGUGAAGAAGGUUAUUUCACAACUAGGUGCACGCGUAAAUGACAAAUUACUAAGAGAUACAACACAUGUGAUAUUUAAAGAUGGUUUGCUGUCCACGUACAAAAAAGCGAAAAACUGGAACAUACCAGUUGUUUCGAUUUUGUGGGUUGAAGCUUGCAAAAAAAAACGGAUGAUAUGCGAUCCAAAUGAGUUUCCAAUAUCAAAUAUAGAUCGCUAUGAAAACCCUGAACUCUACGAAAAAAUGAAGCGCCACAAAUCCAUGCAACCAGACUCAGAAUGCAAUAAACGCAUUCGACUGAGACAGGGUACACCUAAAGACUCUACACCAAAGACUGUAACGGUUACCAAAACACCUUCGGCUAUAAGUAAUACGCCCAAUUCUAGUAGAAAACAGAGUGAUAUAAGUCAAUACUUCAGAAAGUUAACCAAUGCUAACAGCACUCCUAUGACUGACGAUAAUAAUUUGCCAGGGUCAACAAUAUCGAUAACGAAAGCUGAUAUUCCUGAGUCACCUGCUACGCAACUAUUAAAUAGAAUUGAGAGCAACUCAUUUACACCACUUCAACCGAUAAAGUGUCAAAGUGCAGCCAACUCAACAACUUUAGAAGUUGUUAUGUCUUUAAAGCCAUCUGAAAGUGGUGAUGUAUUGGAGCAAACUAUAGUAUCAGCUGAAUCAGUGAAAAACUUAGAAUUUACUUCUACUGAACCGAAGUACGCUAAACAAAAAGUUGUUCCUUCGGCAUCUCCAAGAAAGCGUAUUCGUCACCGACGUACCAGUGUUCAGAUGCCUGUAACGCAAAGUACAAGUGCUUAUUCGCUACAGUUGACUGAGACUGAUACGUCCGGACGUGUUACGCGACGUCGAAGCUCAAUACACACCGCUGUUAACAUGAGCUUAAGCAGAAUAGAUCCAAAUACACCUGCUUCAAAAUCGGAUGUCAAUUACUCAACAUUUAGUCCAAUACACGAAGAGAAUAGAGAAGGCACGACUAUGUCAGAUGCUAAUAAAGCAGCUAAUCAGCAAAGUCCACGUGACGAGAAAACUCGCCAAAAAGGGAGACGGACAAUAUUUUCUUAUAAAACUCCCGAAAUCUCACCCCAAAAGAAAGCGAAAACGCCGAAUCGACGCACACUAUAUACACCAAAACUUAUAGAGGAAUCCAUAUCUCAAUUGGAAAUAUUAAAAACAAACGAUUCAUCAAAAGUACUAGACGAAAGCUUAUUACGAUUUGCUCUAACGCCAAAAACGCUAUUAAACAGCAAAAGUAGCUCACAAGAAAAUCUAAAUAAAACCGAUCCCGAGGUGGGUUCAUUACUUGAAGAUCAUUCAUCUACUAUGGUGUUUAGUUCUACGCGCCUACCUAGCACCAAUCGAAGACGUACGCUAUUCGACGUUUCUAUGGACAUAAUACAACAACGCCUACACAAUAUAAAUAAUUCUGCAAGACGAUCAGUGGCAAAAGAAUUAACUUACAAUGAUAAAAGUCCAAAUGUGGUUUCAUCUAAAAUUAAUAUAGAUUCGGCAGUAGCAAAGGACACAAGUAAGGGUGAUCGCGAAAGCUAUUCACAAAUUACCCCAAUAGCACCUACCCUUGCAAGUACAAUUACAACACCCAAGACUGUUACAAAACGCAAAUUAUUUGUGCCAAAUGAUACUUCACUAAUUUUAUCUGCCAACCCCUCAGGAUCAGUUAAGAAGAGCCCAAAUGAAGCACGCGUAAAGCGUAGGCGAACCAUGACAGCACAACCGAAAGAAAGGCGAGUAAUGACAAAAUCGCGCAAAAAUAUCACCGCUAAUACGAAGUCACGCACAGAAGUUAUUAUCCCACCUUUGUCGACAGCACAGGUGUCGAAUUUAACCAAAAGUGUCGCGCAGUCAGUGCCAAUGCUAAGUAAUAAAUUAGACGAUAGUGAAAAUGAAAAAACAUUAAAGAUGUCGUCUACAUCCCUACCUGCGACAGCAGUAAACACCAAAAUAAGUGGAUCGAGUACUACAUUAAAUGCCACUAGCGCUGCAAAUGUACCAGUAUCACAAGCAUUUAUUUUGAAGAACGAAGCCCAUGUGAUGACUGCUGCACCAGUACCAAAAUUAAAAGGAUCUUUUAUGAGCAUAAUUUCAAGUAAUACAUCUGAUACCACAGUCAAACAACAAUUGCAACAAGAUAUGGGAGUAGAUGAAAACAUCGCAAUAAAUACGCCGUCCCUUACCACGGUAUUAUCACAAGCUUCUACUGCGCCGUCUAUAGCAACUGAAAAUCCGAAAAUGACAUCUACAUCGGACUCAACUUUUCUCCCAACGAAUCAAACAGCACCAAAAGUCGUUAAAAAAUCACAAAUGAGUGAAACACCAGACAAAGCGAAGGAUGCAGUUGAAGUUGGGGCGUCGGGUUGUACGCUAAUAUCCAAAAAUGCAUCGGGUGGCAACAAAAAAUGGCCAUAUAUUGUAUGCACGAACAUGCACCGGGAACAGAUCAAAGUUAUGCGCGAGGCUAUCGCUGAACUUGGUGGCCUUCAACUGAAUCACUGCGUUAACGACGAUACCACGCACGUGGUGAGUUACGAGCCGCGUAGGACGCUGAACUUAUUAAGGGGACUAAUACGCGGCCUGUGGAUACUAGACUACAAAUGGGUGCUGGACUCACUGAAAGCUGGCUGUUGGUUAAAUGAGGAAGAAUAUGAAUUAAGAGUAUUUUCACGCGCCAUUGAGAUAUGUCGUACAGAACGACAGGCUUUCGGCAAUACAUACAAAUGUGAACUAUUUGCGGAUUUAGGUACAUUUUAUAUAUCUUCGCGCUGUGGCCCAAUCUCAAAAGAAAAUCUAAAGGAGUUAAUUGAACUAUGCGGCGGCAAAGUGGUAGAUCAUCGCAAACGUGCCAAAUACAUACUCGGUGAUCCACACAAAACAUUGGAAGAUAAAGUCUAUGUAACUCCAUUUUGGGUAUUAGAUAGCAUAACACAUAUGCAAGUGAUGCGCCAACAAAAGUAUACCUAUGUUACCACCACAGUUGUUAAGGCGCAGCCACCAUUACCGCAAGUAAAUGUUGAGCCUGCUGUUUCUACGCCACCUGUUGUAUCUAGCUGAGCAUAUUUAUAAACAAUAUAGUGAUGUAGUAGCCAUAAUGCAAUCUUAGCACAUAGUAUUUUAGUCAAUAAAAUAGUAAUAAUCAUGCUUUUUUUAAUGAAAUAAAAUUGUAGUCAGAAUGAAAAACGAUUAUUUGAAAUUGUAUUUCAAAGAAUUCUGGUGGAAAUAUUUACUUAAUUCUAUUUCUGAUUUGUAUGUUUUUGACCUAGCAUUAUCCAAAAUGAGCACAAAGUAAUAUUCAUUAAAAGCUUAAGCGAACGUAAAAUCAAACCUUAAGGGAUACUGCCAACAUAUGAAUUUUUUAAAUAUUGUCUAAUUAGAACGAAUUGCUGCCAAUAACUCGACCAUUCCAAUUCCGUAUACAUGGGGCUGUUCUAAUUUCACUGAUGGAUGACUUCCAAUAUUGUAUAUUUAAAACUAAAAGGAUUGACUACUAAAGCUAACAUCCUUGGAGCAUAUUAGUUGACGUACCAAAUGGAAAUUUUUGUAAAGGCGUAAUUCGGUAGUUUUUUUUUUGCAGACUUUGGUCAUAUAAAAAAAGAAUUUAACUACCGUAACGGUUUUAGGUUACAAAAAUGUUGCUACUUCACAAAGGUGUCGGCCAUAUGUAUGGGAUGAUAAAAUUGCAUUAUGGCUAGUUAACGAAUAUUUUAUUCGAAAAUUGGCUUGAAAGUCCGAAAAUCGAGUUACAGAAUAUAAAAAAUACGAAUUCGAGUAAAUUUUUUUCGAAUCGAGUUACAGAAUAGGCCCCCUGACUUACCGAGGUGACCAGUUAUCGACACCCCUAAUUCUUAUUGGCUCUUACAUCAACAAUUAAGCUCCCAUCAACAUCAGCCGCAACUAUCGCAACCAGCGUAUAGCUAUUCUCAGUGAUAGUCAAGCGGCACUAAAAGCGAUCUCAUCCCACGAGACCAAAUCGCUUCUAGUCGAGGAAUGCGUAGAACGGCUAAACCGCCUGUCCUUGUGCAACCGGGUGCACCUAAUGUGGGUACCAGGGCACAAGGGAGUAGAAGGUAAUUAGAAGACCGACGAACUGGCCCGCACUGCAGCAGCGUCAAAGAUGUUGGGACCGGAGCCAUACAUAGUGGUAGGACGCCACACUCUUAAAGAGCUCCUCCGCACGGAGGAGAGAGUGGAGAGAGAACGGCACUGGCGACAGGCAGCAAGUAUGCACCACGCCAAGCUGCUUCUAGUAGGAUACAACCUCCCCCGAUUUAAAGAACUAAUUCACCUCCCCCGUGAAAAAUUCCGCCACCUCGUCGCAAUCUACACAGGGUACUGUAAGCUCAGCAACAGGAAACACCAGCACACCUAAUCCUGGAUUGCUCAGCAAUCUGUGGAAAAAGGCUUAAGGCCCUAGAUUCUGCUUACAUCAGCAGGGACACAUCACCUCAAUAGCGCCCAGCAAACUUCUAGAACUAUUCAGGCUGCUGGGGUUCUGGGAGGUCAAAUUGAUAUAGGAGAGGGCACAAUA